AUGGAAACAUUUACUAAAGGCGUGACUCCUUCGACAGAAAAGUAUGACGGGUCUUCUCUACGUGUCUUGAUAGUACACACACGUUGGAAUUAUGAGAUCGUAGAAGCGUUAGUUUGUGGAGCAAAAGAAACGAUGACUUCAGAAUAUAACGUGAAAUCUGAAAAUAUUUCAAUCCAAUCGGUCGCUGGUUCUUAUGAACUUCCUUUUGCUGCUCAAAGCCUUAUUGGAGCUUCGAGAAUGAGCCCCCAAAGUUUCGAUGUCGUUAUUUGUAUUGGCGUUUUAAUUAAAGGUUCAACAAUGCACUUUGAAUAUAUCGCGGAAGCCGUAAGUCAGGGAAUCAUGAGGGUUAGUCUAGACAGUGGUGUACCUAUU